CCGGUUUUCAACUUGUGGCAAUAAAGUUUUGUGUCCGCCGAAGCAGUAAACUCAAUACACAAUGGCCAAGUCCAAGAAUCACACCAAUCACAACCAGAACCAAAAGGCUCACAAGAACGGCAUCACCAAGCCGAAACGCCAGCGCACCGAAUCGACCCGUGGGAUGUGCCAGAAAUUCCUGCACAACCUGCGAUUCUCCAAGAAGGGCAAUCUGUCCCGUGAGGAAUCGGUUAAGCGCGCUGAAGAACGCAGGGCAAAGUUCGUCGGACAGCUACCUCCGGUCAAGCUGUAAGCUAUUCCAUCAUCUCCAUCUCUUCUUGCUGAUGUACAUUUGAUCCGUGAUCAAGAAUGCUACCCGAAACGUACCGUUUUCGUUGUUGAGACCGUACCUCGAUAUUCGAAACUGUAUGGUUGAAGUGUAUAAGUGAAGUGAAGUUCAAUGCGGAAUAAAAUUUCUAUUGGAAAUUAA